AUGAAUGGCAAAACAGUGGCUGGUGGCCAUGGUGAAGGAAAUGCUCUUUAUCAAUUAAACUCUUCAUAUGGAUUGUUUGUUGAUUCCAAUGAUGCAGUCUUUGUUGCUGAUUAUUUUAAUCAUCGAGUUGUUAAAUGGGAUCGAGAUGCAGUAAGUGGUUUCCUUUGGGCCGGAGGUCAUUGUGGAACAAGUGAACAAGGCAAACUUUGUCUUCCUACUGCUCUCACAUUUGAUAAGGAAGGUACUUUGUUUGUUACCGUUGAAGAAGGCAUAAAUGGAAGUGUGAUCCGUUGGAGGAAAGGAGCUACUGCAGGUGAAAGAAUAAUUAAUGCCAGUACUUCACUUUACGGUAUUGCGUUAGAUAAAAAAGAAGAAUAUUUCUAUGUUGGGCACCAUCGCGAACAUUGUGUAGUCAAGUAUACGAAAAAUGGUCAAUUUGUGGGUGUUGUUGCUGGCGGAAAUGGCAAAGGAGAAGCUCUCAAUCAGCUUGACUAUCCUCGAGGUGUAGCAGUUGAUGACAAUGGUGCUGUCUAUGUAGCAGACUCUAACAAUCAUCGUGUAAUGAAAUGGAUGGCGAAUGCUAAAGUAGGAACUAUUGUUGCUGGUGGAAAUGGCAACGGUAGUCGAACAGAUCAGCUUAGUGUAGUUGGUGGUAUUACUUUAGAUGAGCAAGGAACAAUCUAUGUUGUAGAUGAUCAUAAUCACCGUGUUAUGAGCAUACCUGUAGGGUCACGGAAUGGCACUAUCAUUGCUGGAGGACAUGGUCCUGGCAGUGCUUCAAAUCAACUUAAUGGUGCUGUAUCCUUAGCAUUUAAUAAUGAUGGGGAUCUAUUUGUUAGCGAUUGGGACAAUUGGAGAGUUCAAAUGUUUAAAAUGGAUAAAAGUCCAUCGGGUGGUAGUAACUAUAUUUGUGCUUUUGCAAGCAAAUGGACUCUAUUUACUUAUUUUCUAUUGUUGAUGAUUUUAUAUGCUAACCUACUCGAAUAA